UAUAGACAGGUCAAUCUGUUGGGACGUUGUUCAGGUUAAAAAGGAUACCGACCAUGGUUUCCCUGCUGCGUCAGCUCGUCGCUGGUCCGCGCCAACAACACGAGGAUACAGGACUAGAUCUAUGUUAUGUUACCUCGAAUAUCAUCGCAACAUCUGGACCCUCACAAACCUACCCCCAACUAGCCUACCGUAACCCGCUUAACCGCUUGGUCUCUUUCCUCGACGAGAAACACGGUGAUGGCUGGUCCAUUUGGGAAUUCCGCGCCGAGGGCACGGGAUAUCCUGACGAAGCCGUGUAUAACCGGAUUAGACACUACCCUUGGCCGGAUCACCACCCGCCGCCGUUCAGGCUGGUGCCGUUGAUUACGGCUAGUAUGCGCGAUUGGUUGGAUGGGGAGGAUGGAGGAUCGUCUGGGGACAGCAGAGAUACAAACACAGCGGACAGAAACAAACACGAUCUCGACCGCCCGCGUCAAAAAGGCGAGCGCGUGGUCGUCGUCCACUGCAAAGCCGGCAAAGGCCGCUCCGGCACCUCCAUCUGCAGCUACCUCAUUUCCGAGUGCGGCUGGACCGCCGCCGACGCCCUGGCGCGGUUCACCGAGCGACGCAUGCGUCCCAACUUUGGUAAGGGCGUCUCGAUUCCCAGCCAGCUUCGAUACGUGGGUUACGUCGAAAGGUGGGCCCACGCCGGUAGCGAGCCGGCCAAGAGGAAGAUCUAUGUGGACAGACCGAUUGAGAUUGUCGAGAUACACGUCUGGGGACUCCGGCACGGGGUCAAGCUUGCGGUGGAAGGGUUUGCGGACGAGGGCAAGAGGAUCGAGACGUUGCAUACGUUUGGGAAGGAUGAGAGGAUUGUAGUAAAGGGGGAUGCGCCUGGCGGGGGCGGGGUGAUGGAUAUGUUUUAUGAUAUGGCUGGGUACGGCGCCGGUAGAGAAAGCGACUUAGAAGAGGAGGAGGAGCAUAAAAAGGAGGUUUCGGGCUUGGAUGGUGCGAAAAGCGAUGUUGAUGACGAUGUAACAGAUCGGUCGACAACGGAUGCGUCUAGUGCGAGAAGGAGUAGGAGUAAGGAAAAGGUGGAUAAGAUGGGGAGCACGGCGAGCAAUUUGAUGAGGAAGAUUUCGCGACAAAAGCCGGUCCUGGCUGAUGAAUCGGAGCCAGGCGGCCGGGCCGUUAUCUUCAAGCCCAAGAAGCCCAUCAUCGUCCCCAACAGCGAUAUCAACAUUGACAUCGAAAGACGAAGCCGCGCCUCGGCCAGCAUGGGCCUAACCAUGGUUACUGCCGUCGGUCACGUCUGGUUCAACGCUUUCUUCGAGGGCAACGGACCGGAGCAGGAUGGCCAAGCAGACGAUAGCGGUGUGUUCGAAAUCGAGUGGGAUGAACUGGAUGGCAUCAAGGGAUCAAGUAAGAAGGGGACUAGGGCUCUUGAUCGGCUGUCAGUUGUUUGGAAGGUUGCUGGGACUGGGACUGGGACUAGAGUUACGGUCAUCACCCAGCCUGGGGAGGGGAGCCCUGUACCCCAGAUGAAGCCUGCGGACUGGAAGGGUGCUAACCCCGAACAACUUCCAAAGGAAAAGGGAUUGGGUUUGAGGGCGGAGACUACGGAGAGUGCGAGUGUGAGCAAGGCCAGUAGCUUGUUGGAUGUGGAUGUGACCGAGGGAGAUAAUAAAGAUGAUGAGUCGUUGGCUGGUGUGAAGACUAGCGACCCGAAAGGAGAGGAGCUUGAUGAAGUUGCUACGCCAAAGGCCUCUGCUUGAGAGUAAAGUUAUGGUGUUGUUAACAUAUCAACUGGAAGAAUUUUAAUGAACACUGUGGGCUACUAGUAGGCAUGGAGGUGAAUUUUGAUAU